UGUUCCAUUUGGUGGUCACUCACGGAAUGAAAUGUGAUCGAACAGUUUUAUUAACGCUUAAAUAAAUCUAGAUCGAUCGCUAAAAAAAGUGUGGUGGUAGGGGGUAAAAGUAUAACAUUACACAGGGUUCUUGUAGACUUCCCACACCUUGAACAAACACAACCGUCUAUUUGCUUCAGUAAACAUUUACACAAGCUUUACUUUUAUCAAUUUACAGAAUUAAUAUGUAGUAUAACAAAUGUUAAUUUCGGGCUGCUAUAGUGUAAUUAGUGGUUUGGAAUGGCAUCAGACGAGGAGGGCACACCGUUAUUUCCUCUAAAUACCAGCUGGAGAAAUUCACCGAACAAUUCUGGAACCAAUGAUAGUUCUGGCAUCUUCGUUGACAGCGAUUCUUUACCAAAACGCGUGAGAACUUACACCCAAUGGUCUCCAUUCGAAGAAGGUGUGACUCUGGCUUGGAACGACGUCUCGGUAUACGCUAAAACUAAAAAGAACGGAAAAAUUGUAUGCAAGAGGAUAAUUAAUGGUGUUUAUGUUUCAGUAACUGGUGCCGUAAAAGCGGGAAGUUUAGUGGCUUUAAUGGGGGCUAGUGGCGCUGGUAAAAGUACCCUAAUGUCAACUUUAGCCUACAGGAACACCGGUGGAACAUACAUGGACGGAGAUGUUUUGAUAAAUGGCCGCCCUAUCGGAAGCUACAUGAAAUAUUUAAGCGGGUUCAUGCAUCAGGAAGACAUUUUCAUCGGUUCGCUGACUGUUUUGGAACAUAUGAACAUUAUGUCGCGCUUAAAGCUUGAUAGAAAGACGACACAAACAGAGCGUAAUUCGAAAAUUUAUCAGAUACUUAAAAGUUUGGGGCUUUUAAAGUGCAUCAACACGAAAAUCGGCCAAACCGGAGACAGCAAGGUUCUUUCAGGGGGCGAGAAAAAGCGCCUCUCUUUCGCUACUGAACUUCUAACAGACCCUCCGAUAUUGUUUUGCGAUGAGCCAACCACUGGUUUAGACUCGUUUUCGGCCCAAAAAAUCGUGUCGAUGAUGAAUACGAUGGCCGCUAGCGGCAAAACUAUUCUGUGCACCAUACAUCAACCCUCGUCGGAUAUUUUCAACAUGUUUAGUCAACUGAUUUUGAUGACCGAAGGGCGGAUAGCGUUCAUGGGAAGCGCAGCUUCUGCGCUAGAUUUUUUCGAAAAGGUGGGUUAUCAGUGCCCCUCCUCGUAUAACCCGGCUGACUUUUUUAUUAAAACUUUGGCAGCCACUUCCGGCGACGAAAACAGUAAACAAUCUGUAAAGAGAAUAUGUGAUCAGUUUGCUGUGAGUGAUUAUAAUAGGGAAGUUGACGUUGUUGUACAGUACGAAUUUCAUAUGGGAAGAGCUGUUGAGAAAACGUACAAGCUGGGGAGGAAUUUUAAGGGGUUAUUUGUUUGGGAAAAGGUGUUUUGGCUGAGUUAUCGCUGGCUUAUGGAUGUGUGGAGGAAUCCAGCGUUGCAAACGUACAAAAUUUUGCAAAGAUCUGGUAUUGCUCUCAUGGUCGGUUUGUGUUACUUCGGCACCAAUGCCACUACCUCCACCGGAGCGCAAAACGUGGAGGGCGUAAUUUUCCUCAUAGUUACCGAAAACACCUUCUCACCGAUGUACUCAAUCUUGAAUGAAUUCCCCCAGAACUACCCCUUGUUUUUGAGAGAAUAUAAAUCAGGACUCUACUCCACACCCACGUACUUUGCGUCAAGGAUUAUCUCCCUGCUGCCUGGUUUAAUAAUAGAGCCAGUUUUGUUCGUGAUAAUAGUAUAUUGGCUCUCAGGACUCCGUGCGACUACUUAUGCCUUCUUAAUGACAACUUUGGCAGGUAUUCUUACCUUGAAUGCCGCCGCUGCGUGCGGGGUAUUUUUUUCGAAUGCUUUCGAUUCAGCACCCUUAGCUAUGGCUUACUUGGUUCCGUUCGAUUAUUUGCUAAUGGUGAUGUCCGGAAUUUUUAUAAAAUUAAGUUCUCUUCCUCAGCUUUUUACUUGGACAAAAUACCUCUCUUGGUUGAUGUACUCAACAGAAGUCAUUUCGGUAGUACAAUGGGACGGUAUAAACAAUAUUACAUGUGACGCGUCUGACCAGAGAAUCCCUUGCCUAACCUCAGGCUCUCAAGUUUUACAAAAAUACAGUUUUUCCGAAGACAACUUGUUACGUGAUUUAUGGAGCAUGUUUUUCCUGUGUAUCGUUUUUCACUCUUUAGGCUUCAUGUGUUUGUGGCUAAAAACGCGAAAAAAAUAACCAUCCCGACGUGUCUGUCAACUAAUUUCUCACUUUAAUUAGAAACUGCCCCUGCAGCGAUUUAUGUGUUAUAUAAUAGCACGCCUUGUAUCGUCUGGAAUGAAUAAAAAGUGGUAAAAAUAA